UAUUUCUAGAAUCCUUAAAUCUAAAACGAAUUUUUGUUAACUCCUGAACAAACUCUUCGAUUAUUUUCGAAAAAAAUUAAAAAAAUUAAACAUUUUAUGCUUAUCAGCGAACAAUAGUUGAGGAAUUUUUCAACUGGGUAACAUUUCUUACAAACGAUAAAGAACAAACAAACCAAAGUUCAAUUGACAAUGUCACUCUUAUUUAAAAUAAUGAUGAUAUUAUCCUUUUGGGUUCUGCUUUCAACUCAAGCUAAUAUUGGUCGUUCAUGGAGUGAUCAACAGUUAAGCUCAGUGAAUCAUUUGGAUCCGAGAUACGGUAGAGGUUAUGAAGAGACAUUUCUGCAAGACAGUGAAGAUGACAAUGAUGAUGAUGGUGACACUGAUGGUGAGCUCAUUCACCCAUACGGCUUAAACCGGCAAUCAAUUUAUCCAGCCCGUUUCAAGUCACAAGCUUCUUUAAAUCCCUGGGCUACACAUAUGAAUAAAUUAGGUGAGCCUGAUGCCAAUAAAGAAGGUGAAUAUUCUUCUUCAUUGUUGGAUAGCGAUGUUGAGGAUGAUAAUGGAAAAGGUGUUGACUACUUGGAUCAUUUGUUAACUAAUUUAAUAUAUUAUCGAAAUCCUUUAAAAAAACGAAAUUUAUAUUCCAGUCAAUCUGGAGGUGAAUUCAGUGAUAAUGGUUUGAUUGUAAAAAAGAUGCCUGAGACAGAACGUUGGUCUACACCAAUUCAACCAGGUGAUUCAAAUGAUUUACGUAAAGUGCGCAAUUUAAAUCAGAUGGGAUUGUAUCAAUUUAUUCCUGAAGUACAAAAAAGUGAAAUAUUCAAUGAUCAACAUUCAUUCAGAGGACGUAAACAACAACAACACCAAAAGGAAGAAGUUGAGUCAGCUAAUUCAUUUUCUGAUCAUUCUUCUAUGAAGUCAUCCACUAAAAGAUCUUCAGAAAGCGAAAGUGUUUCUAGCCAAUGAAUGAAGAAUGAACGCGAAUGACAAGUGUCAUUGAUGUGUUACUACAGUCUACUACAGUCAGUAAUCUCAGAAACCCACAUUUAUAUGUUUGACCUUCAUGUGUCCUUCAUGUGAUGUCUUAAUAAUCGAUAAUUUAUGUGUGACAGACAUAUGAAGUAGUCCAAUCAUCAUCUAAUAUAUAUAUAUAUAUAUAUAUAUAUAUAUAUAUAUAUAUAUAUAUAUAUAUAUAUAUAUAUAAGUUAAUGAAUAAAUCAUAUUCCUUUUUUCUCUCUUAUUUACUUUGUUUCUGUUAUGAUUACUUCAAGUGUCUAUCAGUUUACUGUUAUGUGUGAACUUCCAAGUUCAAAUUGUUAUGAUCUGUGUAUCACAUUUUAAAAACAAAAAUUCUUUUUAAUUUGAUAUUUGCGUUUACUUUAGCAGAAUAGAAAAAAGAAAACAGUCUAUGCACGCUAUUAAUGAGAUGAAGAUCUCAGUUUUGUUUGUUUGCAUUUUCCACUGUUUUCUCUUUCUCUUUAAAGUUUACAAAACCUGUGUCAUUGUUUUUGAUAAAGUGAAUAAAUUCUAUAAUUCACAUG